CAGAUCAAUGAUCUUUCACGACGCAUGGAAUAAAACUGAAACGGGCGGGAGAAUAUGUAUCACCACUAUAUUAAAAGUGGACAGGUAUUUUUAAAUAAUUUUUACUUUUACCAUCCUCCAAAGUGAAACCUAGGUUUUGGCAGAGAGAGAGAGGGGGGUACCGAAGAUGGCGCCGAAGAAACGCAGUCGAAGCAGCACCGACGAAAAGGCAGCAGAAGAUGUAAUUAGUAGUAAAAGAGUGACGAGAAGCAGCAGCACAAGCACAACUAUUUCAACUGCACCCCCUCCUCCUGCUAAGAAAACCCCCAAAACGAAAGCGCUUGUCGAAAAGCCCUCUAAACCCCCUGGGCCUGUUAAGAAAACCCCCAAAACGAAACCCCCUGUUACUGUUGUCAUUGAGCACUGCAAACAAUGCAAUCAGUUCAAGACAAGGGCCAUCAAAGUGAAAGAUGCUUUAGAAAAUGACAUCACGGGGAUCAACGUGCUUGUGAAUCCGGAAAAGGACACUAGGCUUGCAUCCAUCGGCUCAAGUUUGUGGAAAGAAGAGACGAGCUGCAUUGACUGGCUCGACGAAAGAGAGGCAAACUCAGUUAUUUAUGUGAAUUUUGGUAGUAUCACUCCAAUGUCUGCAAAACAGCUGACAGAAUUUGCAUGGGGCUUAGCUAACAGCAACAAGCCCUUCUUGUGGAUUGUCAGGCCUGAUAUUAUUGCUGGCGACGAGGCCAUGGUACCACCGGAGUUUCUGGCUGAAACGAGGGAACGAGGCAUGUUGGCAAGCUGGUGCUCUCAAGAACAAGUCCUGAAACACCCUGCCACUGCAGGGUUCUUGACACACAGCGGGUGGAACUCGUCGAUGGAGACCUUAUCAAGCGGCGUGCCUGUGAUUUGCUGGCCCUUCUUUUCGGAUCAACAGACGAACUGUAAGUACAGCUGUGCAGAGUGGGGGAUUGGACUGGAGAUUGAUAAUAAUGUCAAGAGAAAUGAAGUGGAGGAGCUGGUGAGAGAGCUGAUGGAUGGAGAGAAGGGAAAGCAAAUGAAGAAAAAUGCAGUGGAGUGGAAAAAGAAAGCUGAAGCAGCUGCAGCCAUUAGUGGUUCUUCUGCAAUGAGUUUGGACAGAUUGGUGACUGAGGUGCUACUAGCUAAGUAGUCAAGAAAUUGCUGCUGCAUGAUGAACUUUUUGAAUCUGUAAAAUAUCUGUAUUAAUAAAGUUUCUUGUAUUAUUAAUAACCUGAUUUUUAUUAUCAAAAAUUAAUUUUAAAUAUCAAA